AUGGGAAAGUCUAUUAAUCUUUGCUCCUUUGUCCUCUACAUUGUCUCCCUCUCCAUACUUUACUUCCUCCCAGGGAUAAAGGCACAACAAGGAGGAGGACAAGAAGAGCCUUAUGUUGGUGUGAACAUUGGGACGGAUGUUUCCAAUUUGCUUUCCCCUGCGGACCUAGUUUCCUUUUUGCAGCAGCAGAAAAUUACACACGUCCGGCUUUAUGAUGCUGAUGCUGAUAUUCUCAAAGCCCUUGGUAAGACCAAGAUUAGAGUCAUUGUUAGUGUGCCUAAUAACCAGCUUCUGGCUAUUGGGUCCUCCAAUACAACAGCUGCCUCAUGGGUAGACAGAAAUGUGGCUGCAUAUUAUCCAGAAACUUCCAUCAUAGCCAUUGCUGUUGGUGAUGAAGUGUUGACAACAAUCCCCAGCUCCGCCCCUUUGCUUGUUCCUGCAAUUGAAUCCCUCUACAGUGCUUUGGUGGCUGCGAAUUUGCAUACCCAGAUUAAGGUUUCAACCCCCUGUUCUGCCUCUGUUGUUUUGGACCCUUUUCCACCUUCUCAGGCAUUUUUCAAUCAGUCUUUAAGUCCUGUCAUUUCAGAGCUUCUGCAGUUUUUGUCGAGAACACAGUCACCAAUGAUGAUGAAUUUGUAUCCUUAUUAUGUGUUUAUGCAGAACAAAGGAGUUGUCCCUUUGGAUAAUUCAUUGUUCAAGCCAUUGACACCUUCUAAAGAAAUGGUUGAUCCCAAUACCUUGUUGCACUACACCAAUGUGAUUGAUGCUAUGAUUGAUUCUGUGUAUUUCUCUAUGAGGAAUCUAAAUGUCACAAAUGUUUCAGUAUUGGUUACUGAGACUGGUUGGCCAUCCAAGGGGGAUUCCAAAGAGCCUUAUGCUACUCUUGACAAUGCAGAUACUUACAAUUCCAAUUUGAUUAAGCAUGUUUUUGAUCGUAGUGGGACGCCCUUACAUCCCGAGAUCACUUCUAGUGUUUAUAUAUAUGAGUUGUUCAAUGAGGAUUUGAGAUCGCCACCAGUUUCUGAGGCUAACUGGGGGUUGUUUUACGGCAAUUCUACUCCGGUUUACCUGCUUCAUGUCUCUGGAAGUGGUACAUUUUUGGCUAAUGAUACUACUAAUCAAACUUACUGCAUAGUCAUGGAUGGAGUCGAUUCGAGGACACUUCAAGCUGCAUUGGAUUGGGCAUGUGGACCAGGGAGGGCAAAUUGUUCAGAGAUUCAGCCAGGGGAAAGUUGCUAUCAGCCUAAUAAUGUGAAGAAUCAUGCUUCUUAUGCAUUCGAUAGCUAUUACCAAAAAGAAGGAAGGGUCCCUGGUUCUUGUGACUUCAAGGGUAUGGCCAUGAUAACAACCACUGAUCCAAGUCACGGGACAUGUGUAUUUCCCGGAAGUAAGAAGAUAAGCAAUAAAACUAGCCAGGAAGUGAACUCAACACAAGCUAGUAAUGCCAUUGCUGUAAGAUUCACUGGCUUCCAUGCAGAGCAGCAGCAGCAGCAGCAGCAGCAGCAGCAGCAGCAGCAGCAAGAAGGUUUGCAUUUGUGGAUAGAAGAGAAUGUAGGGUUGUAUUUGUUCCAUAAUCUUCUCCUUAAUCCUGUGUAUUUUGUAGCAAGUAGCGCUAGCUAUCGAAACUCCUGGUCUUGUUCAGUCUGCACUUUUAUCAACCCUUCACCUUCUUCGUCGUCUUCUUCAUCCCAGAAACCCAAUUGCCAAAUUUGCCUCUCGCCUCAACCGUCGUCCUUGUCGUUGUCAUCGUCGUCUUCCCUCACCAAGCCCAAAUGGUCGUGUAAAGCUUGCACCUUUUUGAACCCUUAUGAAAACACCAACUGCGAUGUUUGUGGGACCAGGGUUUCUGCUUCUCUUCUGUCCAGUGUUGAGGUUGAUGAUAGCGAGGUUGAUGGGGUGGGGUCCGGUGUUGGCAAUGUUUUCUUGCCUUUGAGGGCUUGUAGGAACAAUAGUAGUAUUAGUAAUAGUAGUGGGAAAAAGGAUCAGGGGAAAGUUCUGGAGGAGAAUUCUGGUUCGGACGUUAAGGGUUUUGAUCAGUCUGGUUUUAGGGGAUUGAAGGCUUGUGGGAAUAGUAGUAGUAUCAGUAGUAGUACUAGUGGUAAGAAUAAUAAGAGGAAAGUGAUGGAGGAUUCGGUUGCGGACUCUAAGAAUCUUGAUCAGUCUGGUGGUGCUGGUUGUAGCGGAUUGAAGGCUUCUUUGAAGGAAGUUGAAUCAACGGCUGACAAAAACAGUAUCCAUAAGCCAUUGAAGGUUUUGAGUUAUAAUGUUUGGUUCCGGGAAGACUUGGAGAUUCACAAGAGGAUGAAAGCUAUUGGUGAUCUUAUUCAGCUACAUUCCCCUGAUAUCAUAUGCUUUCAGGAGGUUACUCCAAACAUUUAUGAUAUUCUCCAGCAAUCCAGCUGGUGGAAGUUGUACACUUGUUCUGUAUCAAAUGAAGGAGCAUUUACAAGAGCAUACUUCUGUAUGCAGUUGUCCAAACUCCCUGUGAAAUCCUACUGCUGUGAACCUUUUGCAAAUUCUAUAAUGGGACGAGAACUGUGUAUUGCUCAAGUGGAUGUUCAAACAGAUACUCCUUUGCUAGUAGCAACUACUCAUCUUGAGAGCCCUUGCCCAGCCCCUCCUAAAUGGGAUCAAAUGUUCAGCGAGGAACGUGUUCUUCAAGCAAAAUAUGCCAUCAAACUUCUGGAGGAAAAUCCCAAUGUUAUUUUUUGUGGUGAUAUGAACUGGGAUGAUAAAUUAGAUGGUGCAUUUCCUUUGCCUGAUGGAUGGGUUGAUGCUUGGGUGCAACUUCGGCCUUCAGAAAAUGGUUGGACAUAUGACACCAAAUCCAACAAGAUGUUGACCGGCAACCGGACUCUACAAAAGCGCCUGGAUCGAUUUGUUUGUAAUUUACGAGAUUACAAGAUCAAUGAGAUCCAGAUGAUAGGGAUGGAUGAAAUUCCUGGACUGUCACAUUGCAAAGAAAAGAAAGUGAAGUCGGCAAUAAAGAAAUUGACGCUUCCUGUUUUACCUAGUGAUCACUAUGGCUUGCUUUUGACAAUCUGCCCCCGGUAA